AUGUGCUACUCACACCGAAAUCCUCUCUUCCUCUCUCACCAAUCCUCUCUUCAGACUGCAGAGACCGAAGUCUCGGCGAAUGACGUCUUGGAGAAGCAAGCACUGGUAAAGGAGAUUCUCACAAUGCAAGAAUCCCUACGAGGUCUCGCCUCGCGCGUCGCUUCUGUACAGGCCGAUUGUACAAAGGCCGAGGGGGACAAUGAGAUGCUACAGGCAUACAUCGACUCAGUCACCAAGAGCCUCGCGGCAAAGUCAAAUAGCGCUUCGUGA